AUGACAUUGCCAUCAGAGUGGAAGGAUAACCAGGACGAAGUAAGUACACAAGUGACAUGCUGUCCACAUCCAUUGACAAGAGAGAUCCAAAAGGCUAUAGACUUGGCAAUGAAAGCUGGCUCGGAGGCAGACUGGAAGGUAGUGGGAAAUCGAUCUAGAAAAGGAAGCUUUUCAGUAGGUCGUGUUUUCGAUGGUGCGACUCCGAAUCAUCACAACAAUCAUGCAACCACUUCGUUAUCCCAGGCAUCUUCUUCAUUGAUAAAUCAACCAUAUCCAGAGCUCAGGCGAAGAGGAUCUGCAUGUUCAGAAAAGCAAUGGGGCUCGUUUGGUGGAUUGCAGUGGGAGGGGCCGUCUAUUUUUGAUGAAGACAACAGCAGUAUUGCUCCUGCGCCCAGAACCCCUUUGCCCCCUCAUACGCCGUCUGAGCAGUAUUUUGAUCCCAAUGCCAUCUUAUCCACACCCAUGUUGCCCCAUGUAUCUGUGGAGCCCAUCUAUCGACAACAGCGCAGUCUCUCUUUUUCAAUGGGCCAGGAUCCCGCAUUUUUUGGCUACGAUGACUACCACAAUGCAAGAGGCAACAGCAACGCCUUGUUGACGCCUACUAUGGAAGAGGAGGAGGAAGAUGAUGCAUUUGACGACGCCUAUCUUCGCUCUCGAUCACAGUCUUCCAACGCAGCAUUUGGCAUGUAUCCUAGUGGUCAUUGGAUGCACACACACCGACGAAGCUCUUUGAGCUCUUUCAUGGAGAGUUCGUCUCAUAAGGAUUUACUGCUGCUCUCACAAAGACGCAUGUCUCAGCCAGCACCACCACCACCACCGCUCAAUAACAUUCAAGAGUACUCGUUCCCAGAAAUAAUUCCCAAUGGAGGACCAACCCAUGGCAUCACCAGCGCCAGCAGUGGUGGUAGCACUAGUAGUCCAACCCCAUUUCUGUCUGCUUCCUCUGCAUCAUCUAUUCAGCCAUUAUCAGACUACCUAGAUAACCAUAGAUCAAGUUCAUCGUCUAUAUUACCCUGUCAGAUUAUCCCAGAGACGUCUACCAAUGUCACUGUCAUAUCCAGCCAACAACAACAACAACAACAACAACAACAACAGCAGCAGCAGCAACAACAGCAACAACAGCAACAAGAUAGUAUCAGUAGCGGCAAAGGAUUAUCAUUGCAGAGACUACCACCGCACAUUCCGCUCUUUAUGGUUGAAUUCAAAUCAGGCCGCACCGACUUUUACUAUGUUUCUGACCCUUCACUCCAGAUACAAGUGGGCGAUUUAGUAUUGGUGGAAGCAGAUCGUGGGAAGGACCUCGGCAAGGCAGCUACAGAUGUGUUAACAGUGAGCCAAGUCUUGUUGUUGCAGCAACAGCAAAAGCACAACAACAGCAGCAACAGAUUGGUCAUUGAUGAUGAAGAUAAAACUCAAGAUACCAAAAAGAACUCGACAGCAGAUUCCUUCGUAAAGAAGAUUUAUAGAAAAGCAGCUUCUGAAGAGAUCAGUUUAUUGCUUAACAAGGAGGAGGACGAGCAGAGGGCGUUGGCAGUGUGUUUGCAAAAGAUCAAGCACAGAAAGUUGUCAAUGGAAGUGGUAGAUGCCGAGUUUCAGUGGGAUCGUCGUAAAUUAACGUUUUACUUUAUUGCUGAAAGAAGAAUUGAUUUUCGUGAGCUGGUCAGAGAGCUGUUCAAGAUUUACAAGACCCGUAUAUGGAUGUGUGCUGUCAACCCCAAUAUCCCCACAAAGUCAGUAACGAGUAAUUCGGCUUUCAAUCCGUGA